AUGGUGGAUACGAAUGACAAUGAAGUGACACAACAGGAGCAACUGAAAACUAUGAUCUCAGAAGAGGUCGGAAGGGCAAUACAAGCAAGCGUCCCUCAUUUAGCCCAAGAAGUGGAAGGUCAUGUACUGGAAGUGGUGGAAACGAUGAUGGCAAGCAAGAUAGAUGAGUUGAAGGGAAUGAUUGUAGAAAUGCAAGGAAAGAAAGGGGCUCGCAAAUGUACUUAUAAGGAAUUCAUGGCAUGCAACCCAUUACCCUUCAAGGGAGAAAUUGAUCCUAUAGCAUGUCAAAGAUGGAUUGCAAGUACAGAGGCGGUGUUUGUGAGAAGUCAUUGUGAAAAAGAGGAUCAAGUAAUGUUUGCCACCGGGUUGUUACAAUUCCAAGCUAAAGACUGGUGGGAUGCCUAUAGUAAAGAGAUUGGGGAAGACAAGGUUCAAGCUUUAACGUGGCAAGAAUUCAAGGAACCUUUCCAAAAAUACCACUGCCCGCAGUCUGCCAUUGACAGAAUCCAAGAAGAUUUCUUACAUCUUCGUCAGAAAGAUGAAACCAUUGAUGAAAUCACCAACAUCUUUCUCGAUAAGCUGAAAUUCUGUAAAGACAUAGCGGGGACGGAAAGAAUGAAGAUAAACCGCUAUUAUGGUGUAUUGAAGGCUGAGUAUCGGGAAUUCAUCAUUCCUGCUAAAUGUGAAACCUUGAAUGAACUCAUCAAUUUGGCCCGAGACAGGGAGAUUGAAUUAAGAAGGCAGGCAGAAAGAGGCGAAAAGAGAGUAUCUGAGAAUGUUUCCAGCUCGAGCCCUUCAAAGAAACCAAAAUUUCAAGAUCAAAGCAAGAAGGAUAAGACAAAGGGUAGUAUUCCGAAAUGCAAAACGUGCGGAAAGUUACACACGGGGGAGUGUUUGAAAGGGAAGAAGGGCUGUUACAAUUGUGGUCAAGAGGGACACCCAUACUAUAGGUGUCCAAAUCCUUCCAGAACGUGUUACAACUAUUUCCAACCGGGUCAUAUUAAGGCUGAGUGUCCCAAGCUUCAACAGAAAACCGAUAAGGAAGCAAGAAAGGAGGAAGCCCCAAGAGCUAAGGGGAGGAUGUUUCAGAUCACAACCGAAGAAGCGAAGGACCACCCGAAUGUUGUAUCAGGUAUAUUCUCAUUGAACUCGAUGCCUACGUACGUGUUAUUUGAUACUGGUGCCAGUAGAUCGUUUGUAUCCAGUGAACUAGUGUCACACCCCUCUUUUAGAAUCGAAAGAAUGCAUGUACCAUUAGAAGUAGAGAUAGCCGAUAGUAAGAGUUAUUUGUUGCACGAAGUUUGUAGAAAUUGUGAAAUAAUCAUUGAAGACGAGAAGUUUGCCAUUGACCUUAUUCCCAUGAUAUUGGGGGAAUUUAAGGUUAUAGUUGGCAUGGAUUGGCUAGCUAAACAUCAGGCCGAAAUUCAAUGUGAGAAGAAGGUGAUUCAUGUGUUAACAUCGGGAGGAAAACGAGUAAGCAUACAAGGGGAAAGGAAUAUCAAUUUGAAGCUUUGUUCUAUAGUCCAAGUAUACAAGUACGUACGAAAUGGAAGCAAGGCAUUUCUAACUUAUGUGGUGGAUACUAAGCAGAAUACCCCUAAGAUAGAAGAGGUUGAAGUCGUGAACGAGUUUCUCGAUGUUUUUCCGGAAGAUUUGUCGGGGCUUCCGCCGAAACGUGAAGUAGAUUUUAAGAUUGAAUUGUAUCCCGAUGCCAAACCGGUAGCCAAGGCUCCUUAUAGGUUGGCCCCAACUGAAAUGCGGGAGUAA